AUAGUAGAGCUAGACUGCCCUCCUCUCGAUAGAUUUGUGGAAUUAUCUAGUUAUUCCAUAUCUAACACUGGAAAGUGAAAGUCAAUGAUGCAGCACAUAUGGUGGUUCAUUGCACCAGCAUAUUACACUUUCAAUUGUAGCCUAUAUAAGUGAAGUAGCAAUCAUUGUUUCACAAUUAUAUCAGCAUCUCAGUCUCAGGAGGAACUAGCGCUAUCAAGUCAUGGGUGGUAAGGAAAGCAUGCCACCAAAGACAGAAUUUGACAGCCCAUGGCGGGAUCAAAAUUGGGAUAAACAAGAGAGAGACACCAUGGUGGCUGCACUGAGGAACUUUAAACUGAGCGAUCCUGACAUGGGGCAGCUGAGAUGCCUGCUAUAUGGACCAGUUGGAGCAGGGAAGUCCAGCUUUGUCAACUCAGUCAACAAUGUCUUCCAAGGACGAGUAGCACAUAAUGCCCUGGUAGCUGCUGCCUCUGGCACAAGCUUCACCAAGACAUACAAUACACGCUACAUUAAAGAUGGAGAUAAACGUCUGCCCUUUGCAUUCAAUGAUGUCAUGGGUCUGGAGGCACAAGAAAAAGGGAUGCAACCUGAAGACAUCAUCAAUGCUCUGAAGGGCCAUCUACCAGAGGGUUACAAGUUCAAUCCUUGCUCUGCAUUAACUGAUGAAAGUGCAGAAUACAAUAAGAAGCCCAGGUCAAGUGACAAGGUUCACUGUCUGGUGAGUGUCGUGGCUGCAGACAAAAUCUCUCUCAUGUCAAAUGACGUCAUAGUCAAGAUGAGGAAGGUCAGAGAAAAAGCCAGUGAACUGGGAAUACCUCAAGUUGAUGUCAUGACCAUGCCAGACAAGGCUUGCCCGCUGGUGAAGAUGGACGUGAAGAAGAUGUACACCAGCAAGGCAAUAAAAGAUAAGAUGCUGAUCUGCAGUAAUGAGCUGGGCGUUCCAAUGAACUGCAUCCUGCCUGUGAAGAACUACCAUGAGGAGGGGAUGCUGGAUAACGACAUGGACAUCCUGAUACUGAACGCCAUGACUCAGAUUAUGAACUUUGCCAACGACUACAUCUGGAACCUCCAACAAGGAAAGGAGAACGGGGGAUGCCAUGUCUGCUGCAUUUAAUCCAACCCCUCUGAAUUGUCUGUGCCAGGGGAGCAGUUGUUGCUGGGGGUUAACGGACUUGUUCAAGAGCAGCUCGGGGAUUCAAUCCAGCAACCUUUCAGUUACUGGCCCAAAGUUCCUAUCUGCCAGGCUACCUGCCGCCCCAUGAAUGAAUGGCACACACCUGCAUGAGUGUCACACCACCUAAAUCAAGCGCUCAGAGAUUAGUGAGCCCUGCAGUAUACUCCUAAAUUUAUAUAGCCUAGAUUUAAUUUCAAAGUAGUUAAAGGUUAAUAUAGUCUUUCAAGGUCAAUGCAGUUCUCCUUUUAAUAUGUUCAUAUUGUGGUUGUAUCAUUUCACUUAAUAUAAAAGCCUAAAUAUACUGUUUUAAAGGCACAAUAUGCAGAUGCAUGACAAAAGCUUGAAAGUAUGUGCAUACACUGAAUAUGCAUUAGACUACUUUAAACCAUACCCAACAGCGUACACUUGCAUUAGAUAAGCUAAUAGGACAGGUUCCAAAGUGUGAUGGGAAAUUUCUAUUGGAUUCUUGUAUUGGAAUCCUACAGCAUCUUAUAGGAUGACAUCCCAUAGGAGUCCACUAGGACUGGUUCCAAAAUCUGAUAGAAAAAUCCUAUUGGUCACACUGCAAAUUAACUCCCGUAUUGAAUCACUCCCAUAUUGUUAUUGUGUUGUCAAUACUGUCCUGUCAGGAUCCAAAUAGGCCAGAUCAGGUUUGCAAUGAAUGACUUUAACCAGACCCCCUCUCACCCACAGAGGGGGGGGGAGGAGGGAACCGGUGGGGGUUAACAACUCACACCUUGUUGUAAAUCAAGGACAGAACAUUCAGUUCUCUCUCUCCAAAUUCACCCAAGGAAUAUGCUUGUUUUAUGAAAACUUUUUCCCGCCCGAAAUUCUAACACGUUCAAAAGCGAAAACUGGAUCAAUAUUUCCAACAUAGAACCUGGGGAAUGGUCAGAGGCGAUCUAAAGAACACUAAUGUAGUUUUGGUUGUUAUUUUGUGAUGUCAUAACAAAUGUUAUGAAGGACAUACUGUAACUUGGAAAGUAUACCCUCUACAUGUGUGAAGUUUCCAUCCCAUGCGUUGUGCAUGAAAUAUGAAAACGUUUAGAAAGUGUUGUUGUUUUAAGAUAUCGAUGUGAUUUGAGUAACUAUAAGAGGAAAUUGUUUCUAUAACUGUGCACAGUAAGUAGUCACCACCCCCUUGAGUGAGGUCAGAAAGCGUGUCAGCCUGACAGAACUGCCAUUUUAAACAAACUGUAUAAUAUGAUUGAUAUAGAAUUUUGUUAUCAAUGUUUAUAAACUUCAAUUAAUCUACUCAGUCUGCAACCCAGAAUUUGUAAAGUUCUGGUUUAAAUGAAACAGACAGAAUUUCCAGCUUACAAUAGUCAAAUCAAUGUUUAUUCACGAGGGCACUCUCCAGUUCAUAUAGAAAGACAUCCAUUUUAUACCAUGCUCCUUACUUACGCACACACAUGCACACAAACCUUUAGGAGAGUUAUCUUCUUCUGCAGAGUCCUCAACACUGUAUAUCACUACCCAGCCGCCAGUUCCGUUCCCCCGAGAUUAGGGAAACCUUGAGGGGUACUCCCUGUCCUAUCAUAAAUUCUCAGAGUUCUAGCCAGGUCGGUUCAAACCCAGUUUAAUUGUUCUUGGUGUUUUCUUAAGCACACACACAUUCCUCUCUUUCCCAGUCCAACCUAGUUAGACUUAUGUUUAAUAUUGUAAUUAUUCCUUAUACAUGCUACAUAACCUAUAAUCCCUAAUGGUUAAGUUUCAGGGUAGAAUUAUUUAAUCAUUAUCUUUAAACUUAUACAUUAUUUUAUCAAUGAUGGGUUCAGAAUUAACAUAUCAGACCAGAGAGACAUAGAGCUGCAGCUGCACAUUUAGAGUGGUCUAAACUUUGAAUCUCAACACGAGAAAGUCACCUCCCGGACAAUCACUGGUACGGCUGAUCAGCUGUCCUAAAGUAAAGUAUGUAGAAAGCGAAUUGAAGUGGGACCAUUCUACUACUCUGCUCAAACCACCGAGGUACGCUAUUCUCAUCACCCAACUGGGAACCAUCAACUUGGCUGGCUAUCCUAUCUUCAAAUAAGCAUUUUCCAGAGUGAAUGGAAGGAGAAUAAACUCUGCAGUUCUGUUCAGGACUACACGGCAAGUCACCGGAUACCGGACAACUACAGAAAAGGACAACAGUAGAAGACUUGUGGAACCAUUUUGGAACAAUUGGAGCUUUACAAGCAUGCCGCGAAAAGGCCAAACCCCCUUUCCAAGGCAGCCCGGUUCCGGAGACACACGGCAAACCAAGGAAUUGCACAUUGUGGUGGCUAAUUUCCGCAUUACCAAAUGAGGAGUUACAAAACACACCAGUCCGAGUUAAACUACAUCUUUAAUACUUAAGAUACUUUUGCAAAAGUUCUUGACCCCACCAAUGCAUUCUCUCGAAUGAAUCAUUUAAUGAGGUGCUUACAGAAUGGCUCAGGGAUCUUUUAUAGCAACGAUACAGCCCCUUCAACGUACAUUGACAAACCACAGAUACUUAGUAACAGUUCACAAAGGUUACGUUUUGUAUGACAGAUAUCCAUAAAACACAUCAGACAGUAACUGCUAUGUCAACAGGAUUAAUGGUAUAGCCCAGUAUCUGGUCUCCUUAGAACUGUCCCUCCCUGG